AUGGCUGUAGAAAAUAGAGAAUGGUACUUGGCAUGUUAUGCUCCUCACGGUGUUCCAAAUUCCAAUCAUCUGAAACUCCGAACAGUGAGUCUCUCACUGGAACCUCAUUCAAUACCUCAUGGCCAUGUUGCCAUUGAAACGCUGCUACUCUCCAUAGACCCUUAUUUACGCACCACAUUCAAUGGCCCUCACAACCUCGAUGGCCUUUACUUUCCUCAGUUUCAGCUCAACGAGGUGAUUAGAGGAGUUGGAAUUGGGAGGGUAAAAGUGUCAAAGGACAGUAAAUAUAAGGAGGGGGACAUUGUUUUAGUGUUUGGAGAUCUUCCUUUUGCUGAGUAUUUUGUGAUUUCCUCCACUAACAUCUUUACAAAAAUUGAUGCUGCGAGUGAUGGAAUUUCGUUACCGGAUUAUCUAAGCUGCCUAGGGGUACCUGGAUUUGCAGCAUGGGUGAGUAUAGAGGUAAUUGGGAAGGCAAAGGUAGGAUCAAAUGUGUUCAUAUCAGCGGCUUCAGGUGGCGUUGGAAUGAUUGCAGGUCAAUUGGCUAAGCUCAGGGGUUGCAGGGUCAUUGGAACCACUGGAUCCGAUGAAAAAGUGAAGCUAAUGAAAGAGGAAUUUGGGUAUGAUGAUGGAUUCAACUACAAUAAGGAAGCAGAUUUUGAUGCUGCUUUAAGCAAGUAUUUUCCUGAUGGUAUUGAUGUUUAUGUGGAUAAUGUUGGUGGGAAGAUGCUUGAAGCUGUUCUUAACCAUGUCAACAAGCAUGCAAGGAUACCACUUUGUGGAAUGAUAUCUCAAUAUAAUAAGGUUUGGACUGAAAGAGAUGGCGUUAGGAAUCUUCUGAAUAUGGUAGGCAAGGAAGUGAGAAUGGAAGGUUUUAUGAUUGGGUCGCAUUUUAAUCGCUUUGAUGAUUUUGCUAAGGAGAUGAAGAAAUAUAUAAAAGAGGGCAAGGUUAAGGCCAAGCAUAAAAUAAACAUUGGUAUUGAGAGCGUUUUAGAUAGCUUAAAUUCCUUAUUUACAAGCUCUAAUGUUGGAAAAGUCAUUAUCCAAUUUAAUGCACAGUGA